GAUCGGAUCUAGAGCACAGCACAACAUGUUGAAGACCGUAUGUUCCAGGGCGCAGAGCGAAACUUUAACUUUGGCUCGUCGUAUUAGCGGGGACUAAAUACCAAAAUACAGCCAUGCUAUGAAUAUAGUUAUGAGUUCAUUCUUUGUUGAUUUGAAGGCUCUUCUUUGAUAUUUCGAUAAUACCGAAAUAUUUGCAGCAAAUAAGAAAGAAAAAGACUGACCGAGAGCGAGCGAGAGAAGGGAAUCAAAGAUGCAGGUCUCUGUGGUGCUGUGUAGCAUGAUAACUUUCUUUCUUCGCAGUCAAGGCGUGUUGGGCAGUGCGGAGUGUUCAUGCGGGCGCAACCACUUCACGUGUGCAGUGAGCGCGUUUGGGGAGUGUACAUGUAUCCCGGCCCAGUGGCAGUGUGACGGGGACAACGACUGUGGAGAUCACAGCGACGAGGAUGGAUGCAUGCUGCCCACCUGCUCUCCACUGGACUUCCACUGUGACAAUGGGAAGUGUAUCCGCCGCUCCUGGGUGUGUGACGGGGACAAUGACUGUGAGGAUGACUCCGACGAACAGGACUGUCCUCCUAGAGAGUGUGAAGAGGAUGAGUUCCAUUGUCAGAACGGCUACUGCAUCCGCAGCCUGUGGCACUGUGAUGGGGACAAUGACUGUGGGGAUAACAGUGACGAGCUGUGUGACAUGCGUAAGUGUUCCGAUAAGGAGUUUCGCUGUACAGAUGGGAGCUGCAUUGCUGAACACUGGUACUGUGAUGGAGACACUGACUGCAAGGACGGAUCAGACGAGGAAAACUGCCCAUCUGAUGUAAUGACGGCCACUUGUAGUGUUGAAGAGUUCCAAUGUGCGUACGGACGCUGUAUUCUGGACAUUUACCACUGUGACGGAGAUGACGACUGUGGAGACUGGUCUGAUGAGUCCGACUGCUCCUCCCACCAGCCUUGUCGUUCUGUGGAGUUCAUGUGCAGCAGUGGGAUGUGCAUCAACGCUGGCUGGAGGUGUGACGGGGAGUUUGACUGUGAUGACCAAUCAGAUGAGAAGAACUGCACCACCUCCAUGUGUACUGCGGAUCAGUUCCGCUGUGCAUCGGGACGCUGUGUCAGGUUGUCAUGGAGAUGUGACGGAGAGGAUGACUGCUCUGACGGCAGCGAUGAAGAUGACUGUGAGAAGACUGACACCCCUCCAUGUGCUCCAGACCAGUUUCUGUGUGGUAACGGCCGCUGUAUUGGCCAGAGGAAGGUCUGUAAUGAGGUCAGCGACUGUGGAGAUGGGACUGAUGAACACCCUCACCAGGACUGCCGCCCACGGUCCAGCGAUGGCAACUGUAACCUGAAUAACGGAGGCUGUUCUCAGAAAUGUCAGAUGGCCAGAGGUCUGGUACAGUGUACCUGUCAUACUGGCUACAGACUGAUGGAGGAUGGCAGGGCCUGCCAGGAUGUGGAUGAGUGUGCAGAGGAGGGCUACUGCAGCCAGGGCUGUACCAACAUAGAGGGAGGGUUCCAGUGCUGGUGUGUGCAGGGCUAUGAGCUGAGGCCUGACAAGCGCAGCUGCAAGGCGCUGGGUCCUGAGCCAGUGCUGCUGUUUGCGAACCGUAUAGACAUCCGCCAGGUGUUGCCCCACCGGUCAGAGUACACUCUGCUGCUGAACAACCUGGAAAAUGCCAUCGCUCUGGACUUCCACCACAACCAGGAGCUGGUCUUCUGGUCUGAUGUCACGCUCGAUCGCAUCAUGAAGGCUAACCUAAACGGGAGCAAUGUGGAGGAAGUGGUUUCCACUGGCUUAGAGAGUCCAGGUGGUCUGGCUAUAGACUGGAUCCAUGACAAGCUAUACUGGACUGACUCAGGGACGUCCCGUAUUGAGGUGGCCAAUCUGGAUGGAACCCACCGCAAGGUCCUCCUAUGGCAGAGCAUGGAGAAACCCCGAGCCAUCGCACUGCACCCUAUAGAGGGUAAGAUCUACUGGACGGACUGGGGUAACACUCCUCGUAUCGAGUAUGCCAACAUGGACGGCUCCAACCGCCGCGUCAUCGCCGACACCCACUUGUUCUGGCCCAACGGGCUGACCAUCGACUAUGCCGGGCACCGUAUGUACUGGGUGGACGCCAAGCAUCACGUCAUCGAAAGAGCUGACCUUGACGGACGGAACCGUAAGGCCGUCAUCAGCCAAGGCUUGCCCCAUCCAUUUGCCAUCACGGUAUUUGAGGAUAGCCUUUACUGGACAGACUGGCACACCAAGAGCAUCAACAGUGCCAACAAGUUCACAGGCAAGAACCAGGAGAUCAUCAGAAACAAGCUGCACUUCCCAAUGGAUAUACACACACUGCACCCGCAGAGACAGCCCGCAGGUGGGCGUAACCGAUGUGGGACCAACAACGGGGGCUGCAGCCACCUCUGUCUCCCAGGCAACAAGACCUAUACCUGCGACUGCCCCACGGGCUUCAAGAAAGUGGACCAGCAUAACUGUGCCCUGAGUCUUGACAAGUUCCUGCUUUUUGCCCGAAGGACGGACAUCCGACGAAUCAGCUUCGACACCGAGGACAUGUCGGAUGAUGUCAUCCCGCUGGCCGACGUACGCAACGCCGUGGCACUGGACUGGCAUGCCGAGGAGGGCUUCAUCUAUUGGACGGACGUCACCACCGACUCCAUCAACCGGGCCCAAUGGGACGGCUCAAGGCAGGAGGUGGUGGUGGACACAAGUCUGGAAAGUCCAGCCGGUCUGGCUAUUGACUGGGUGACCAACAAACUUUACUGGACCGACGCAGGUACAGAUCGUAUCGAGGUAUCUAAUGCAGACGGGAGCAUGCGUACUGUUCUGAUCUGGGAGAAUCUUGACCGACCCAGGGACAUCGUGGUUGACCCAAUUGGAGGAUAUAUGUACUGGACAGACUGGGGUGUGAGUCCUAAGAUAGAGCAGGCAGGGAUGGAUGCAUCCAGCCGUAUCGUCAUCAUCUCUUCCAACCUGACAUGGCCUAACGGACUGGCAAUUGACUACCAAACACAGCGCCUGUACUGGGCCGACGCCGGGAUGAAGACCAUCGAGUUUGGCAACUUUGAUGGCUCAGACAGACAGGUGUUGAUUGGCAGUCAGUUGCCCCACCCCUUUGGGCUGACUCUGCAUGAGGAGAAGCUCUAUUGGACAGACUGGCAGUCAAAGAGCAUCCAGUGUGCCAACAAAAUGACUGGCCUGGGACGACAGACACUCGCCGAGAACCUGGAGAACCUCAUGGAUAUUCACAUGUUCCACCGCUACCGCACCACCGUGCGGACACCUUGUGCGGUGAAUAAUGGGGGCUGCAGUCACCUGUGUCUAUUGGCUCCACCCUCAAAAGGCUCCAGCUGUACCUGUCCUACUGGCAUCAACCUUCAGCUGGACGGAAAGACCUGCACACAUGGGAUGAGUAGUUUCCUGAUCUUUGCACGGCGGACUGAUAUCAGGAUGGUCUCUCUGGACAUCCCCUACUUUGCUGAUGUGGUGCUGGCUGUCAACAGAUCCAUGAAAAACACCAUCGCCAUCGGAGUGGACCCUAAAGAGGGUAAAGUGUACUGGUCAGACAGCACACUGAAGAAGGUGAGUAGAGCUAACAUCAAUGGGACGGCUCAUGAGGAUAUCAUCGCUACAGGUCUGAUGACCACUGAUGGUCUGGCGGUGGAUGCGGUGGGUCGAAAGAUCUACUGGACGGACACCGGAACGAACCGUAUCGAGGUGGCCAACCUGGACGGCUCCAUGAGGAAGGUUCUGAUCUGGCAGAACCUGGACAGCCCGCGAGCCAUCGCCCUCUACCACGAGAUGGGGUAUAUGUACUGGACAGACUGGGGGGAGCAUGCUAAGCUGGAGCGGUCAGCGAUGGAUGGCUCAGACCGUUUGGUUCUGAUCAGUAACAACCUUGGCUGGCCCAACGGACUGGCCAUCGACAGUGCCGGCUCACAGCUACUGUGGGCUGACGCACACACAGAGCGCAUCGAGGCGGCAGACCUGAAUGGGCUGAACCGCCGUACCCUGGUAUCCCCGGUUCAACACCCGUACGGUCUGACCCUACUAGGACCACACAUCUACUGGACCGACUGGCAGAGCCGCAGCAUCCAGCGGGCUGACAAAACCACCGGCGCCAACACCAUCACCGUGCGCAGCAACCUGCCCGGGCUCAUGGACAUACAGGCCGUGGAUAGAGAGAAGCCACUGGGUUUCAAUAAGUGUGGUAGAAUGAACGGGGGCUGUAGCCACCUGUGUCUGCCCCGCCCCAACGGUACUUCCUGUGCCUGUCCCACCGGCAUCCUCCUCAAGGGGGAUGCCAGGUCAUGUGACGACUCCCCCGAGACCUACCUGCUCUUCUCCAACCGGGUCAGCGUGCGACGCAUCUCCCUGGACACAAAUGACCACACAGAUGUGCAUGUGCCCGUGCCUGAGCUGCACAACGUCAUCUCACUGGACUACGACAGUGUGGACGGAAAGCUUUACUACACCGAUGUCAGCCUUGAUGUUAUCAGACGGGCCAACCUGGAUGGUACAGGGAUGGAAACAGUGAUAAGCCAGGGUCUGAAGACUACUGAUGGUCUGGCUGUGGACUGGGUGACCAGGAAUAUGUACUGGACGGACACAGGUCGCAACACCAUUGAGGUGGCCCGACUGGACGGGACCAGCCGCAAAGUACUAGUCAACAACAGCCUGGAUGAACCCAGGGCCAUCGCUGUGUUUCCCAGCAAAGGGUACCUGUUCUGGACAGACUGGGGUCACAUUGCUAAGAUUGAGCGGGCACACCUAGACGGAUCAGACCGUAAAGUUCUGAUUAACACAGACCUGGGCUGGCCCAACGGACUCACACUGGACUACGACACACGCAGGAUCUUCUGGGUGGAUGCUCACCUGGACCGCAUUGAGAGUUCCGACCUAAACGGAAAGCUCCGGCAAAUCCUCAUCAGCCCUGUUUCCCACCCCUUCGCCCUCACACAGUUGAAGCCGGUGUCCUCCCCUCUAACCCCUUUCUCCCGACUCUCGCAGCAAGACCGUUGGAUCUACUGGACGGACUGGCAGACUAAGUCCAUUCAGCGUGUGGACAAACACACUGGCCGCAGCAAGGAGACGGUCCUGGCCAAUGUGGAGGGCCUCAUGGACAUCAUCAUAGUCUCGCCACAGAGGCAGAGCGGCACUAACCACUGUGGGGUGAAUAAUGGAGGAUGUACUCAUCUCUGCUUCGCUAAUACAAACAGUUUUGUCUGUGCCUGCCCUGAUGAACCAGACAGCAGGCCCUGCUCCACAAUCUCAGGUUAUGUGCCAACCUCACCAGACAGAGAGACCACCAGCACCCCAGCCCCUAACAAGAUCCCCAAAGCCCCCACAGACACGCCUCAGCAAGGACCCCCACUGAUUAACUGCACAGACAAGACCCUGAGUGUGGAGGGCUGCUUAGAGAGCAACGUGGUGACGGCUCCUCACGGGGAGGGGCUUCAUAUCAGCUAUGUGAUUGGAGGAGCGUUGACCAUUCUGGCCAUCCUGAUAAUCAUCACUGCCUUCAUUAUUUACAGACACAAAAAAUCCAAGUUUGCUGACCCCGGGGUCAGCAACCUGACCUACAGUAACCCCUCAUAUAGGACGUCAACGCAAGAGGUCAAGAUUGAGACCUCUCAAAAGCCGCCCAUUUACAACCAGCUACGAUAUAAGAAAGAGGGGGGCGGGGACAGUGGCUACACCAAGGAGAAGAUCCGCAUCGUGGAAGGAGUGUGUCUCCUCUCCAGCGAGGAGCUGUACUGGGAGGACCUGAAGCAGCUGAAGCCGUCACGUGGUGGUCUGCACACAUGCAUGCGCACGGACACUGUGUCCCUGCAGGCCAGCAGCGCCUCGCUGGACGACGGCGAGACAGAGCAGUUGCUCCAAGAGGAGACGUCGGAGUGUUCGUCCAUAAACACGCUGACCCCCGUCACCGUCACACCCCAACGCCACCCCCAACACAGCCUGCCUGACACCGGCUGGACCCCCGCACGCAAACCCUCUACCGAGAGCGAGGUGUAAGGGAGGCCUCUUGCUUCACUGCCUCCCUACUCCUACUCUUUACCCUUAGUCCUCCUGAUCCCUUCAACUACACACCCUUUUUCACACACACACACACACACACACACACACACACACACACACACACACACACACACACACACACACACACACCUGUAUACAGUAUACAUACAUACAGUAAACGAUACGUACUUAUGCUUCAGGCCACAGUGAGUCAUACACAAGCUGACACUCACACAGAUAAGUGGUACAUACAAACACUACAGUCACAUACAUACUUCAUGCUACACACACAUUUAUGCAUGCAUACAAAUCUGGCAUCUCCUCGGCCCGCUGGACUUCAUCCUACACACACACAUCCGCACUCUUACCACCACCCUCUCACAACCACAAACUGACUCACCGCUACCCACUUCAGGCAACAGACUGAAUUACAAUUUACAAGCAUGCUGGAAAAAGAAAGCAAAAAAAUACACUUUGAGAAAAGAAAUGACAAACAGAGAAAUCUGGAGCCUUUUUAAAGAAUGCAACCCCUCAAGGUGAGGGCC